AUGGAAUUGGUGGAGAACUCAAUUAUACCUGAUUUAGAUUUGAGGGAAAUGAUUAGCUACAGCCUCAAUAUUAUUAUGUUUACCGGAUUUCUUCGUCCUGAGAAAAGGUCCAAGUACGAUAUCGGGUAUAAAGCAUCUAUUGUAUUUUUUGUUGGACUAUUCUUCAUACUUUACAUGUCUACGGAAUUUGCCAAUAUUGUUGUAGUGUUCGGAGACGUUGAAGAAAUGACACAAGCGUCGUUCUUGUUCCUGACGCAUUUCGUCCAGUUCUUCAAAUUUUUCAGCAUCACUCAGUACAACGAUUUACUUUGGGACAUGAUUCUCAGACUCAAUAUGAAGGCGUUCGAACCCCGAACAUUGAAUCAACGACAAAUGCUGACGGAGAGAAUAUCCCUUUCCAAAAAAAUAGCAAAGUGUUUCGUUUAUCUGGGAAUUGCAACGUGCGGACUUUGGGCGGUAUUCCCGUUUGUGGACAGUGGCAAAACGGAGGUUGAAUUGCCGUUAAGCGGUUGGUUUCCCUUCAGGACUGAUUAUAGUCCGGUAUUCGAAUUAAUUUACUUGUACCAAGUGUGCGGAUCCACGUUUAACGCGGUGAUUAACAUUAGUUUGGACACUCUAAUUGCUAUGUUAAUAUUUUUCGUAUCUUGUCAAUUGGAGAUCUUGAAUGACUCUUUGGCUAAAGCUAAAGAGAUAUGUGAAAGGAGAGUUAAGGAGAAUAAUGGAAGGAGAAACUUUAACGAGGAAAUUGAAGUGUACCUUCGUGAAUUGGUCAAUCACCACAGAUAUAUUCUUAACUUUGCAGACGAUUUCACGAAAAUAUUCACCGGAUGCAUAAUGGCCCAAUUCGUGGUCAGCAUGCUCAUCAUUUGUGUUACCCUAUUUAAAUUAACCCUGGUUCCCGUUGCCAGCUUAGAAUUUUUAUCGAUGAUGAUUUACCAAAUUUGCAUGUUGAUGGAAGUAUUUUUGUGGUGCUAUUUCGGUAACGAAGUAAUCAUUAACAGCAUGGAAAUAACCACAUCAGCAUACACAUGCGAUUGGACGAAUUUUCCGAUGCAGUUCAGGCGCAAUUUGCUAUUCUUCAUGACCCGUUCUCAGUUCAGUUUGAAACUGUACGCAGGAGGUUUCUUCGUGUUAUCACUGCCGACGUUCCUGGGCAUACUAAAGUCUUCUUGGUCCUAUUUCGCGGUGCUGAACCACAUGCACAGCCAAUAA